GCUUCCGUGUCCAAGCCUGGGACUGAGAUGAUGCUGCUGUCUGGGGACAGGGCUUGCUGUGUCAUUAGUGCUUCCAGUGCAUGUGGGAGUUCCGUGGGGACCCCAGCCCAGGGAUCCUGGAGCUGUAGUGGGGUCAUUUUGAGCCAGAGUCCAGGGAUUGUGGUCUGCCAUGGAGCCAUCUUCUCUCCUUUCCUCUUGGAGGAGGCGAUAGCAGCAGAGCAGGGCAUAUGGUCCCAGUGCAGCGUCCUGCUGGCGAACAGCUUCUCCCCAGAUAUUCAGAUCCAGGUUCUCUGGGCUGCAGAAAGUAGAAGCAAAGGGAAUGGUAAGGGUUUGUUGGGCAAAGAUUUGGGGGCCUGCAGCCCGGCUCUGGGGUUCAAUCCCCUUUCAAACCAACCGGGAUCUCCUGGCACCCUCAGGCAGCAUGAAGCCAAGCUCCUUAUGAUGGUGCCCUGCCCAGAGUUCCAGGACACCUUCUCCAAAGUCUUCACCCGUGCUGAGCAGUGGCAUUUCUGUAGGAGUGAAGAUGAGCAGGAGCAUGGGGCACUCUUGGAUGAUUUGCGCUAUCUGCAUUGGUUUGCCUUGCUGGAAAUCCCAGACCUCAACUCACCUGGUAUAGCUCAAGUAAGCUGUGUGCUGGCUGAGUCAUUGAGGAAAGGUGACAUGCUGUUUGCCUGUGGUUCCCCUUUUGGUUCAUUUUGCCCAGACAUUUUCAUUAACACUCUUAGUAAAGGGAUAGUGAGUAACCUAGCUGGAGAAGGCAAUGUCCUUAUUCUGACUGAUGCUCGUUGCUUGCCUGGCACCGAAGGAGGAGGGGUCUUUGUGUUCUCUGAAGAUGGUUUUAACCUAGUUGGAAUAAUUGUGGCUCCGCUUUGUUGGAAGGCCAAUGAGUGGGUUGGAUUGACGUUGGUUUGUUCAAUUGGCCAUAUCCUGGAGAAUGUCAGGAGUGCCUUGGUUGGGUCUGGAAGUUCUAUGAAAACCUGGUGGCCUCAUGUGCAAUUGGUUGCUAAGCCUGUUGGGAAGAUGGCAGUCAGCCCUGGGCUUGCACAGCAUCUCCUGUCUGCAGUGGUGUUGGUGGAAUGUGGUCAAGUCUGGGGAUCUGGAGUGCUGGUCAGUUCAAGGCUAGUGUUGACCUGUCGACAUGUGGUGAAUGAAGCCUCGGGUGUCUGUGUAAGGGUACAGCACAGCCCUGAAAAGGGCUGUGUCCUUAAAGGGAAAGCGGUGUUUACUACAAACGAUGAUUCUCCCUAUGACAUAGCAGUGGUAGAACUAGAAGAAAGCUUACUCUGUUUUGCAAAACCUGUUUUAGCUACCAAGUUUGGUGCAGGAGAAGAAGUGAGUGUUGUUGGCUUUGGUGUGUUCGGCCAGAGCUGCGGCCCAUCAGUGACAUCAGGAAUCUUGUCAGCUGUGAUCACGGUGGAUGACAAGCCAGUGAUGCUUCAGACAACCUGUGCAAUUCAUGGUGGCUCGAGUGGGGGGGCCCUCUUCUCUACAAACAGCGGAAAGCUCCUUGGGAUUGUUGCUAGCAACACAAAGGACAACAGUGUAGGAGCUACAUACCCUCACCUGAACUAUAGUGUUCCCAUCACAGUUCUACAGCCAGCAGUCUUGGAAUACAGCCGUACUGGAGACCUGCAUGGUUUCCAGGAGCUGAACAGGGCCAACGACAGAAUCAGACUAGUGUGGCGGCUCCAAAGAAAGACCACAGAGGGUGAAGGUGGCAGAAUACUCCCACGAACAGGGAAAGAUGCGAACUGGAGCUAUGUUGCCACUAGUCCCUCAUCUCAUCUUCUGCUACAUGGAGGCUUUCUGGGACUGAUAAUGGAAAUUGUGGCUGGAAUUACACAAUGGUUUCAAGAAGCUGAAUGGGCAGCCUUAUAGCCAGUUCUACUGGUCUGAGCAGCUCCCAGCUUUGCAAAGAGUAGAACACUGGAAGGAGUUUUCUGAAGCCCACAACACAUCUCACUUACACACACACAAAAUUCUAAUCAAUGCUUUGGACAAGACAAAGCUGCAGUCUAUGUGAUCACCCAUUGUCACUGAACCCUCCUCUUCCCUUCCCCCCCAAUAACUAAUAAAUGGACCUGACACCACCAAUACAUUUCACCUGGCCCCAUUAAUGGGUAUCAUAUAGCAACGGCUUUUGGGCACUACCAAUCUGAGUCAGGUACCAGCCAAGCUUUCAGGUUUUCAUAGGACAGCAUGUGCUUAUCUGAUCCUGUUAGUUCAUGGUUUGUCCCGCCUGUACCAGCUGCAAGGUACGCUUUCUCCAAGACCAUUGACUGCUAGAAGCUGGCACUGGACAUCAGGGGAUGGAUGGGAAGGAAGCAGGUACAGAACAGGUUUUCUUGGGCUCUUAUUGUAAUGAGUCUGUCAAUGCAGUUUGUUUUUUCAUCAUGCAAGGUCAAAAAGGUUAUUAAAAUCA